UUCUCUGACUUUAACAAUAUAUUUUGUUUUUGUAUUUUGUAAAAUAUGUUUCCACAUCAUUUGUAAUCUGUGUUCUAAUCAUCUCUAAAACAGUUUUCAACAAAAUGGAGGCGUCAACUUCAAAUUCACUUGCCAGUUCGUCAAAAUCGGACUUCUUUUAUGGCUGGGAUUUACUAUACAAGACUGUAGAUGGAAUAAUAAACAAGAAGGCUGAUGUUAUGAUAGUCCUUGCACAUUUUUUACUUACUAAGCACUACAAAUUUCGUUGCAUUGGUAUUGGAGACGAUAAAACGUUGAGCGAGGAUGAGGAGGGAAGUGAACUGUUGCCAGAUUAUUGGAACAGCGAUAACACCAAGUACUCAUUGCGUUAUGUGCACAAUAAUGUGCUUUACCUCCUGCUGGGACAUAUUACAGAAGAUGCUUUGAUUCUCAAUCUCUUGGACAUUAACACCAAAAAUGUGUCCAACAUUUGUCUCACCCCAGAAUCGUUGGUUGCCGAAGUCAAAGGCAGCAUCACUAAAAUAAUGCCCACAGCAAAUGAUAUUGUUCAACGCUUUCGCAAUGAACUGUGUGAUCCGAUAUUUACUGGCAACUCGCGUGAGGUAACUACACAGACCCAGGCAGCUCAGCCCCCGGCUCCAAACCCGGCAUUAAACCCGGAUCCCCUGCGUGUUGGUGAACCUAAUCGCCCAGGAUCUUUUAUGCCGCACGGAUUUGAGCCACGACCAUUUGGAUUCCCAGAUAUCGGUCGCGGUGAUCUAGAUCCUUUGGGUCGUGGUUCUGGCAACCUGUUUCCGUUUGGCCAAAAUCCAGGCUUGGCUCGUUUCGAUCCGUUUAGUCCUCUUCCACCCCGUGGACCGGGCAGCAUGGGACCGAAUCCAGAUCACAUGCGCCCACCUAAUUGGAACCCAGAUUACUACAUGUAAACACAAAGCCAAAUGUAGAUCUUAAGGCUUAUAAAAUCGAGAGUUAUACGGAAACUAAUUUAUAAAUCCAAAAGAUGAAAAAUAGAGGAUAAAUGCAUUAUUAUUUGAUUGUAACUAAAAUAUAAUUUUAUUGUUGCUCAUAUGCGAUACAGAAUAUUACGAUAAGAACAGACAAAAUCAGCCUAAAAUCGUGGUUAAAUGUAAUACAUACUCGUAUGUGACAUUUAUAAACUCUCUACUCCAUAGAUUUGUGAUUAGGCUGCUGCAGUUGGGCAGUUUUGGAUAAACAUAUAUUAUUAUGUAGUAUAUGUCGCAGACAACUGCGACAACUUUUACACAAGGCGAUAAAUUUACAAAAAACCCUAUAGCUAUACAAUGUAAUGGCGUG